AUGAAGCGGGAGUACCAAGACGCCGGCGGGAGCGGCGGCAACAUGGGCUCCUCCAAGGACAAGAUGAUGGUGGCGGCGGCAGGGGCAGGGGAGCAGGAGGAGGAGGAGCUGGACGAGAUGCUGGCCGCGCUCGGGUACAAGGUGCGUUCGUCGGAUAUGGCGGACGUCGCACAGAAGCUGGAGCAGCUCGAGAUGGCCAUGGGGAUGGGCGGCGUUGGCGGCGCCGGCGCUACCGCUGAUGACGCUUCAUCUCCCACCUCGCCACGGACACCGUGCACUACAAUCCCUCCGACCUGUCGUCCUGGGUCGAGAGCAUGCUGUCCGAGCUCAACGCGCCCCCGCCGCCGCUCCCGCCCGCGACGCCGCUGGCCCCGAGGCUCGCGUCCACCUCGUCCACCGUCACAAGUGGCGCCGCCGCCGGUGCUGGCUACUUUGAUCUCCCGCCCGCCGUCGACUCGUCCAGCAGCACCUACGCCCUGA